AUGGAGAUGCAUCCCAACAACUGGCAAGGUUGGUCUUUUUUCUUCUAUCUCUGCAUGUGUGGGGCAAUAUGUGAGUCCUUCCAUUACUCAGUGCCUGAGGAAAAGAAAAGUGGGUCUCUGGUGGCAAAUGUGCUAAAGGAUUUGAAAAUGGAUGUGAAGGAGCUCUCUGCUCGCAGGGCCCAGCUUGUUUCUGAAGGCACCAAGCAAUAUUUCCAGCUGGAUCCUCACACUGGGAAUGUGAUAUUAAAGGACAGAAUAGACCUAGAAGCUUUUUUUGGUCAGAAAGACCCUUGCAUCUUGGUUUCAGAGAUUGUACUGGAAAAUCCAUUGCAAGUGCACAGAAUUGAGGUUGAAAUAGAGGAUGUGAAUGACAAUUCCCCACAGUUCUCUAAAAAGGAAUUCCUCUUUGAAAUACCUGAGCACAUGCCAACAAAUACUCGAUUCCCUUUAGAGAAAGCCAAAGAUGCAGACAGGGGAGAAAAUGCUGUGCAGAAUUACACACUUAGUCCAAAUGACCACUUUCGUCUGGAUGUGCAAAGCCACAGUGAUGGAACGAAAUUUUCAGAAUUAGUAUUGGAGAAACAAUUAGACCGGGAAGAGGAAACACGUCUUUUUCUGACUCUGUUGGCUGUUGAUGGAGGGAUCCCACAGAGAACAGGCACAGCACAAAUUAUCAUUGAAGUUAUAGAUUCAAAUGAUAAUGCUCCUCAUUUUGAUCAAAAUGUUUACAAAGUGAAAAUAAUGGAAAGCAGCGAACCGGGCUCACACGUAGCCAAAGUGGAAGCACAUGACCGUGAUAUUGGUUCUAAUGCAGAAAUCACUUACUCCUUCAGCCAGGUGCCAGAUGAUGUACAAAGAUUAUUCAAAUUAAAUAAAUUUACUGGGGAACUAACUGUGGCCGAUGAAGUUGAUUAUGAAAUAAAUAGAGUUUAUGAUGUGAAUAUCAAAGCCGCUGAUGGAGGAGGACUCACCGAUUACUGCAAAGUCAUUGUGGAGGUUGAGGACAGGAAUGACAAUGCCCCAGUGAUGACCCUCACAUCUGUCACUAGCCCCUUACCAGAGGAUUCUCCCCCAGAUACUGUUGUGGCCCUUUUCCGUGUCACAGACCGAGACUCUGGAGACAAUGGCAGAACUGCCUGCACCACUGAGGCAAACUUACCAUUUGUGUUAAAAGCGACGGUGACCAAUUAUUUCCAGCUGGUGACCCACCGAGCAUUAGAUCGAGAAACAGUUUCUGAAUACAACGUCACCAUCACAGCCACAGACUGGGGCUCUCCCAGACUCACUUCCAGAAGAGUAAUUAACAUUCAGAUCUCAGAUGUCAAUGACAAUGCUCCAGUAUUUCAGAAGUCCACAUUUGAAAUGCAUCUAUGGGAAAAUAAUAUUCCAGGUCUGCUGAUAGGUUUGGUCCAAGCCAAGGAUACGGACAUGGAGCAGAAUGCCAAAGUGACUUAUUCUGUUUUGCCUGGGAAGGUCAGCGAUCAACCUGUGUCCUCUUAUGUCUCCAUCAACUCUGAAACUGGAAAUCUGUAUGCCAUCCGAUCCCUAGACUAUGAGCAGAUAAAAGAUUUCCAGGUGACUGUCAGAGCUGUGGACCAUGGUUCUCCACCCCUGAGCUCUGAAGCUAUUGUCCGAGUUGUUGUCAUGGAUGAAAAUGAUAAUGCCCCAUUCAUCCUGUACCCUCUUCAGAAUGGCACUUCCCCAUCCAAUGACCUGGUUCCCAGGGGGGCGGAGGCUGGCUACCUGGUCACCAAGGUGGUGGCAGUGGACAGAGAUUCUGGUCAGAACUCGUGGCUUUCCUAUGAGCUCCUGAAGGCCACAGAACCAGGUCUGUUCAGUGUUGGAGCCCAGAAUGGAGAAGUGAAAACCAUGAGGCCCAUUAAUAAACGAGACACCUUCAAACAGAAACUUAUCAUCGGAGUCAGAGAUAAUGGGCACCCUCCCCAGUCUACCUCUGCCACACUAAGUAUUCUGCUAGUGGAUGGCUUUUCUGACCCUUAUAUGAAAAUGGUGGAUAUCCCGAAGGAUGAAGUGGUGGAGGGGGAAGACCGUACCCUGACGUUGUAUCUGGUCAUAUGCUUGGCUGCCAUCUCCUUCAUUUUUCUCAUUUCUGUUGUGGUGUUUGUUGCCAUCAAGAUUCAAAAAAGGAGGAAGUUCCUAGAGAGCUCCGCCCUGAAUUUCCCAUUGGGACCAAAUUUUCCUGAGAACUGUGGAGAUGCUGAUGCUGGAUCCCUCUCCCGGGCUCACAACUAUGAGGUGUGCUUAGCUGGUGGGUCUCUGAACAGUGAGUUCAGGUUUCUCAGGCCUUUCUUUCCUGUGUUUUCUGUGGAGCCUGCUCAGUCCCAGGGGGCUCAAAGGAUUUCACCCGGUUCCCAAGAAGUUCUCAGUCAUGGAGCAGAAAAUCAACAUGUAUGUCAGGUGACAGUAUAA